CUCACAAUCGCUUGCGCUGUGUGUGAGCGCAGAUGAUUUUGAAAACAAAAUCGUAGUGUUUAAUUCAUGCACAUAUUUAUCCGUUGUACGUGACGUCGCCGCGUCGAUUAAAACAGUUCCUGAUAGCGUCUUCUUGCGUGAUUGUGGUUGUAGACGAAUGUUUGUCACUCAAAUUAAUUAUUCGGGUCACAGUGAUGUGUGUAAUUUGUUUCUUAGUGAGUCAUUCUACAUAGUUUUUGUUUGUGUUACGUAUAAAGCGCUUUAACAAUGUUAUCUCCUGUUUUAAAAUAGUUUUAGUGAUAGCUGCCUCGUGUUAAAUCAAAGUGAUGGAUUCGCCGCCGGUACCAAAGCCAAGGAGUGCGUUUUUGCCUCCAUGCGAGCCUGUAACUCGGCCAGUACCUGUUCCACGCACCAAGUUGCCCCAGCCCUCUGAAAGGGUCACUGCUUCUGACAUAUUUAAAUCAAUAAGUACUGUUUCAAAGCAACUAUCGGAGGAUGUGGCACUGAAAGUAAGUAAUUCUGCCAAGACUGCCAAUGAAAAGUUAGAAAGGUCCAUUCAAGAUGGCUCAAAAUUUGCUAAAGAUACAUUGGAAAAAACUCUAACAACUUCUCGAGCUGUGCGUCAGUCUGUAACUAAGUCAGUGAUAGAAGGAACUAGGACAGCGGGGCUUAGGUUAAGGAGGACAAAGAAACCAGACAGUCUUGAUGAAAAUGACCCACAAAGAUGUGUCUCAAUGCCAGCUGUUGAUGUUGGUUUAUUUGACAACAUACAAUUCAAUUCCCCGCUUCUGGAACAAAAGAGAUUUAACAAUGAUGGGCUUGGUGCUCAGAAAAACCAGGAACACCCUAAUUUACAUUUGAAUGCAUCCAAUUUUGAUGAUUUGUCUCUUUUCUCUAGUAAUUCAGACAAUACAGAUUCAGUUAGCAGUUAUUCUUAUGACAUGAGUAGAGAAUUAGAGCAUAAUGCCUCUAGUUUAACUCUGGAAGGUGAACAAAUGACUUAUGAUAUACCAAAACCCUCAAGAACUAACAGCAUAGUUAGUUCUCUGAGUUCUACAUCUAUUGGGUCAAGUCCAGAGGUUCCAGAAAGAAGAAAGAAAAGGGAAAGUGUGGUAUCUAUGGAAGUAAUGAGACAAAACUCUAUGUAUGAAAAUUGGACCUUGCCAUUCCAAACAUCUAAAAGUUUAGUCCCUAAUAAAGAAGUAGUGCCUAGUGAUACAGAGCUGCCCCGGCCAAGUAAAAGUACAAUAUAUGAGUUUGAUCCCUUACAAACAAGUACUUCACUACAGAGGUAUGACGGUGUAAGCAAUGAGUUGUUACUGUUGGAAUCCUUCUUAAUUGGUGAUACUUAUGGUACAAUAGUGGCUUCAGAUACCACUGAGGACAGUUUUGAAUUUUGUGAAAGUGAAUAUUUUAAUCCACCAACUCCACCAGAACGUUCAGACAGUCUUCUUCCUGAUACAAAACCAGCAAAACUAAAUGUUGUGGAUAAAGAUAGAAAUUCUAACUGGUUUGUUAGUUCAGACAGUAGUGAUGCAAAAUCUGUGUCAGAAGAUGAAAAUAAGUCAACAAAUUCAGUUAUGCAAAAGUUUUCUCAUAUGUUGAAAUUUGAAAAAUUAAAUAGGUCAUCAAAACCAGUACCACAGAAGGUAGAAUGUGUGGAAAGGCCACCAGUCAACUCAUUACCAGUACCAUACUUCAGUGGGUUAUUGACACGGAUUGUGUCAGGAGUAGUUGAAGAUUUAUUUAAAAACUCACAGACAAGAUUUUGUGUGCUUUCCGAUCAGAAGUUAAUGUGUUACUCAGACCCUACCAACUCCAUAUUGAAAGAAGCCUAUACAUUGGACAAUAUCUACUCAGUACAGAUUGUGUUACCUCUCUCCUCUAGUACAACAAGCAAUUCAUACUGCUUUGAGAUAAUGGUGUCCUCCGGGGGCAUGAGAAGUUCUCCUCGCAAAAUACUGUUCAGCUGUGCGAGUGCUUCGGAGCGUCGCAACUGGGCACAAAAGAUCGCCGAGCACCUGACCUGUGGGUUCGCAACUAAGUACACAUCAGAAUUCACCAGGUGUGGUUGGUGCUACUUGAAGGAGGGUGUGACUGGAGAGUGGCGAGGCGCUUGGGUGAUGCUCAUUCGGCGUGUUAUGGUCUACUACACCACGAAGGAACCCACCGUGCGCACUGUUGACCUCAGGAAGACGAGAUGUGUUGUGACACAAGAGGCUGAUGAAGACACCAAGUCUGUAUGCCCGACAGACGGGAGCGACAACUUGCUACUCGACUGCCCACACGCCACGCUUUACUUGCGGUUUCCACACGAAAGAGAACUGAAGGGAUGGCGGUACAUGGUGAAGUUGGCGGCACACAACAAUGGAGCCCACAUACACCACCAGCAGCUCACCAAAGAAGAUGUUCCUGCCAUCGUGGAUAAGUGCCUUAGCUUCAUCUAUGCUCAUGCUGAAGACGUAUCGAAUGUUUGCAGGCAGUCUCUCGGAGGGUAUCUACCGUCGCGCAGGUAGUGGCUCUGUACUGUCAGAGUUGCUCGCUCGAUUCCGUCGCGACGCGUGGUCUGUCCAGCUCAGUCCCGUGCAACAUUCUGAACAUGAUGUUACUGGCGUCCUCAAAAGAUUCUUUCGCGACCUUCCAGAACCGUUAGUGCCGCAGGAAAAACAUACAGACUUGAUUGCAGCUCUAGAAAUACCCGAUGAGACGGCCCGGCACCACGAGUACCACCGCAUCAUGUCCUCACUGCCGCUAGUGGCACGCAACACUGCGCGCAAGCUGUUCGCUCACUUACACUUCUUGCAUACGAUGGCGCACGCCAACAAAAUGGGCGCUGAAAACUUGGCUUCUGUAUGGGCCCCCACUAUCAUGCCUGCAGCCAUGACUAGCAAUACGCUGCAGACUGCUUGGUCGACGAAGGAGGUAUUCGUAGUUCGAGAUUUAAUAGCCAGCUUUGAGUCUAUAUGGGAGCCUACUGAAGCUGAGAAACGUCGCGAAGCGGCUGUGAGACGAGUCAUUAUGAGAGUACUCAGUAACUCCGCUCCAGCUGCACCGAAAGCAGCCGGCGAUUUGAGAACCUGGGUGUAUGUAAACGAUAAAUCAACCUGCCAUCAAAUAACUCUAACUCCAAACAAAACAAGUUCAGACGUGUGCAUAGAACUGUGUGAAAAGGCAAAAUCGGAGUCCCAUCUGCUAAUGUUAGAAGAAGUAAUAUGCAAUGACUCGAUGCGGCGUAUAGUGCAUAUUGAUGAAGUAGUCCUGGACGUGGUACUGCGAUGGAGUUAUUGGGACGAGGACGAUAGGAAACACAACUAUUUGUUAGUGACACAGAAUAAAGUACUUCAUGAUAUGGAGGCUAUGAGACAGACGCCGUCUGUAUGCGGUGAGCUCAGGCUCGCCACUGAAGCCAUGAAGUCCUUCAAACUACACAUGUUCGAAGUCCAGAAUUCAAGGCUGUGCUACUUUAAAGAUAAACAGGGUUCCCAUAAGAUAGAGGAGUGGAAAGUAAAGGACAUUCUCUGGUACGUGGGGCACGAACCUAAGAGGAAUCCUCAAUCGCGAUGGGCCAUCACAUUCAUACCCAGGAAUAAACAAAAACGGACUAAAGACAAGCCGUGGUUCGGUUGUACUAUAGCGGGCGCGGUAACUGAAGACCAACUUAAGUGGAUGGCGGCGCUCAUGUUCGCAGAGCAUUCCACAAUACUGCCUACCCCUCGCCUGGUUAUCACGUAACCUCGAUCUCAUGGAGAGGUGGCAGUUCAAAUGAUUUCAACGUCAAAACGCGGCUCCGCGGCUACAAUAUCAGACAGUUACUUUUGUAAGUCAUAAGCCAUUAUUAAAUGUAAACUUCUGGUUUCAUACAUUACAGAUUCAUGUUACUACAAACUUGCCACGAUUGUUAGCAACGUGAAAAAUCUAAAUCUAGUUUUUGUAGUAUAAUAGGUAUGUAUGCUCUCGUUAUUUUUAUGUAGCAUGUAUGAAAAUAUACAUAUUUAUAUGCUACAUUACUUAGGCCGGGAUCAAUAUAUAAUGUUUGAAUACAAUUCUUAAGGAGCUUCGUCUUCCAUAAUCAGUCGCGCGUGGUCUCAUACCGCCAUUUUGCUCAUCCUCGUAACAUUUCUGAGUUGCAGCAAAGGUAUAGAACAACAGAAAAGUUCUAUUAAGUUAGGCCAAUACUCUUACAUUUGUAGUUUGUUUACAGAUAUUCCACAUGGAUCUUGGCCUAACUAUAGAAUUACAUUUAGUAAGAACUAGCAAAAAAAUUUACUUGUAAUUUGUUUUGCAACUAGAUUUAUUUUACAAAACAAAAUAUGAGUACAAGGUAUAAACGCGAAUGUACUCACACAUCACAGAUGAUACAUGAUCUUCUUAUCGUAAAAUGGCGUUUUAGAUUAUUUACUCAAUUUAAAAUACGUGGUUUUAUAUUGCCUGAGUAUUGUUUAAAAGCAACACGUAUCAACACUGAUUUUUUUUCUCAUCUAAAAAGUAACUAAUUAUUCAGUUCUCAAGAUAGCAAAAUGCUUUAUUAAUAACAAUAAUUAACUACUACAGGUACUUGACUUUGAUAAAAAUGCAAUGGACUCAGUAAAGACAUAGGAAUAAGUUGUAUAAUAUAUAUAUAUAAUAUAAUUUAUUGUAAUUGUAAUUAUUAAAUAAAGUAUGAAAGUGAUAUAAAGUUUAUUUAAAAUAUUCGUAACAUAGUACAAUUGAUUUUUUUAAAUAUCCUAUCAUUAUAUCUAAUAUUAAGUGAAUCUCUGCUUGGUUAAUUAAUUCUAAAUAAUAGAGUUUAUUGUAUAAUUUUUAAUUGAUUUUAAAUAUUAUUUUCACAAAUACCUUAAUGUGUGUAUUAUUUUAUAAAUGGGCAUAAUGUUCAGGAAGAAUGGAAUUGUAUAUACAACCUUGAAAAUAUAAGAAGGAAGAGAACCUGUGUUGUUUGCUUAUCACACCGAGUUGUUUGAAGCAUAUUAAUACGUGUAAAAUUAAUGUAUUGUAAAAACAAUACAUUGCCCUGCACUACGAUUGCGAAAUCUACAAUGUGGUGGGUUACAAAUAUACAUAAUUCUCAUACACAUCACAUCUAGAGCCGGAACACCAUUUGUGGAUCACUAAAAUAGUUGUUCUGUGUGAGAGAAAACACAUGGUAAAUGUGUGUGUAUUUUUGUAGAAUAUGUUUACUAAAUAGCUUUAUUUUAAUCAGCACCUGACAAACAUAUUUGCCUACCUUAUUUUACUGUUACAGUAAAUCCCUUGCCAAAUAGUUAUAAUCAUACUUAUAAUGUUACCAAAUGGUCACUGCUCGUAGAUCAUGAGUAAUCUUUUAUAUUUUUAUACUUACAAUAUUUUUUGUGAUAGUAAUACUGUAUUUACACAGACUAUAAAUAUUGUAAUACAAUAAUUUUACUUCAAUAAUAUUUAUAUUUAAUUUAUAUAUUGAUUAUUUAUAAUGGACUAUCUAUGAGCUUAGUAGUACAUUAUUUUGUAUUGUAGUGAAACACUUGUUUAUAAAACUUUGAUCCUUUUAAUGAAGUAAGAAAUUAUGUGUAAUCUAAGCUUGUCAAUUAAUGUAAUGUAUCCACAAAAAUCAUACUGGUUAAGCGAUGAAACAGAGAAUUUCGUGCCAGCACGUUAUUUGCUUAGAUUUAUAAAUGGCGUGAGUUCGCCUACAUGACUAUAAAAUUUUAUUAGACUGAAAUGGACCAGGAUAGCAAUUGAACAGGUGAUUUUGUUAUAAAAAAUAUAUUGUAAUAUUUAUUUAUUAAGAGCGUGGGCUGAGUUUCGAAAUCACGUUUAGAAUUAAUGUAUUGUAAACACAUUUUUAGGGCUCGCAUAUUUUACAAUUUUACCAUAUUUGUAAUUAACAAUAUUAUCUUAAGUGAAGUAAUAUAAUGUAACAUUUUGUAUGUAUGUCUAACGUGCUCAAAUAAAUGCGUUUUGAAAGUGUCUGUUUUGUUUAUUCUUCUUUCUGGUGAUAAAAGGCCUUGUGUUUUUUCCAA